GAGAAAAAGCGGCGGCUCGCCCUUACCGCGGGAGAGUGCAGCCUGGGUGGGCCCCCGCGGCGGGCGGAUUUGCCGCAGUGAUUUCAGCUCUUUUAGUAUUUGUCUAGCAGGUUUCCCGCGGCGCGGGAAACCUUAGCGUGGUGUGUAACGGCAGAGCGGUGGCUGCGCAUGCGCGCGCAGGGCCUGGCCGGCGGCCGCUGCAGCGGUCCCGGAGUGGCGGCGGGGAACGCGGCACCCCAUGGCGGCGUCGGCGCAGACCCCGGCCGCGCCGCUGAGCGCCGAGCAGGCCAAAGUGGUGCUGGCGGAGGUGAUCAAGGCCUUCGGCUUCCCGGAGAACGCACAGCGCAUGGAUGAGGCGCGCGACAACGCCUGCAACGACAUGGGCAAGAUGCUGCAGUUCCUGCUGCCUGUGGCCACCCAGAUUCAGCAGGACGUGAUCAAAGCCUACGGCUUCAGUAACGACGGGGAAGGCGUGCUGAAGUUCGCCCGGCUGAUCAAAUCGUACGAAUCGCAGGACCCGGAGAUAGCCAGCAUGUCGGGGAAGCUCAAAGCCAUGUUCCUGCCCCCGAUGACGCUGCCCCCGCACGGGGCUGGCACCGGGGGAGUGGCGACCUCGUGAGAGCAGAGGCUUGUCCUGUCCCAGCCCCAUGGUGGUUCUCCAGCCCUCUGUGCCCCCGCAGCUGGGGCUGCCUGUGGCUCGGGGUUCAGCGCUGCGAAGGGGGUGGCUGAACAGGGGAGAUGCUGUUCUGGGAGGAAUCUGCUGUUCUGUGCACGUUUAUAUGCCUGCUUGUGAAUAAAACUAACAGGAAAACAA